AUGAAAACACAUCAAUUUGUUGCUAUUAUUGUUACAAUUGUUCUUUUAAUUCUCCUUGCUACAUUAUUGGCAUUUGUUAAUGUAUAUCAAUGUAUUAAAAUUUUUUGGAAAGAACUUGAUCAUGAGAUGAAUGAACUUAGAUCUAUGCAUGAUGGUACAUGGAUUGAUAUUCAAACUCUUGUAACAAAAAGAAAAAAAAGACAAAUUUAUGAGAGUAAUGCUAGAUUUGAAAAUGAUAAUAAUGGUUAUCCAACAUCAUUAAAUAAUAUUAUAAAUUAUCCACAAAAUAUUCAAGGAAAUGCUUAUGAAGUUAAAAAUGAAAAUCCACAAUGUUACUGUGAAACAAAUCAAAAUAAUAAUAAAUGUCCACCAGGUCCUCCUGGAAUGAAAGGACCUUCUGGUUCAAAAGGAUUUGAUGGACCUAAUGGUAUACCAGGAAAAGAUGGACAUUCAUUUGAUAAUUUACCUAUUUCACAAAAUAGUUAUUCACAAAAUAGUUAUUCACAAGAUAGUUACUCACAAAAUAGUUAUUCACAAGAUAGUUAUUCACAAGAUAAUUGUGUCAUGUGUCCUGCAGGACCACCAGGUGUACCUGGACCUAGAGGAAGACUAGGAAGAAUUGGAAAUCCAGGUCCACCUGGUGAACCCGGUUAUCCAGGAAUGGAUGGUGAAAUUGGAACUGUUGGAGAACGAGGAUUGCCUGGACCACAAGGUCCAUGGGGUAUUCCUGGAAUUCAGGGAGUACCUGGUAAAAAUGGUAGAAAAUGUUACUCACCAAAAGGACCUAAAGGACCAAGAGGACCUCCUGGUAAUUUUGGUCCUCCUGGUCCACCAGGCCCAACUGGACCACCAGGUGCACCUGGAAUUAAAGGAAGACCAGGUGAACCAGGUUAUCAAGGAGCAAAAGGACAAGAAGGAGAUUAUGGAAUACCUGGACCUAUGGGAAAUCCUGGAAAAGAUGUUUUAUAUUGUAAAUGCCCACCCCUAGGUUACAGUGAAAGUAAACCUAUAUCAAAAUAUGCCACUGAACCAGAAGUAUCAUUACUAAAAGAAGAAAUAUCAUAUCAAGAAAAACAACAACCAUCACAACAAGUACCAAAUGUUGAAAAUUAUAAUGAUAAGGUACAUGAUGGGCCACAAAAAAAUUUUUUAUCACCAUCAGGAGAUGAGAAAUAUUAUAAUACACAACAAUAUGACUCUGUACUAUCAGACCCAGAAAUAAAAUUUACAAAAGAAAAGGUAACAGAAUAUAAUAGUCCAGAUCCAUUUAUAUAA